AUGAGAAUGUUUAGGACAACGAUCUUUGGUCCACUGUUGGACGUAGAUCUUGUAUUUAAUGGGAAACUUUUUUACCAUUUUCUGUUGAGGGAGGUAACUGAUGCGAACCCAGACGUUAUAGCAUUCAAUAUACUGAAGAAGAAGGUAAAAUUCUUCCAAGAUGAUUUUAAUUUGAUAACUGGGUUGUGGUCGACCAAGAAAAUAGUAGAAAGAGAAACAAGCGAUGAGAGACUGCGACAACUCAUUCUUAGACCGAAGGACCCAAAUGAUAAAGAUAGUUCUUGCAAGGACGUGGAGAAUGCAUUCAAGAAGUUAACUUUUACAAACGAUGAAGAUGUCGUCAAGGUUGCAUUGGCAUUAUUCAUUGAAAUAGUGAUGAUUGAAAAAGACAAGAAAACCCUAUUUGAUGUGAAGACAUUUGGGAUUGUUGAUGACCCUGAAGUCUUUAGACAUUAUGACUGGUUGUCCGUCUUUUUCAAACGUACAUUGAAUAUUAUGAAGACUAACAUGCAUGGGAAGAAGGAGGCACAUGAGACAAAUAAAGCAGAAAAUGCUCAUCAUGCCGCAUAUUACUGUAUAAAAGGAUUUGCAGUUGCAUUCUAG